AUGCCGCAACCACACCCUAUCUAUCCAAAACUUCAUGUUUCAUCCAGACUCCCGGAGUCGUUGCCCGCUCCGGGGGCAAUGGUAGCUAUCUCCAACUACGGGCAUAUACAACGUCCCCGUGAGUCGGGCCAGCGUCAUCAGGUCUUACGGACCAAACGGAAACAUGUUCUCAAAGCCUGUGAUCGAUGCAGGGUGAAGAAGACAAAGUGUGACGGAAACCAACCAUGCUAUCGAUGUGCUAUGUAUAAUCAUCCAUGCCUUUUCCGGGAGAGGAAGGCAACACAAACCAAGGCAUAUUCUAGAGGCUUCGUUGAAAUGCUUGAAUCCCACCAUGCUCUAGUUGUGAAGGCACUUCAGCAGCUAUAUACUCAUUGCAUCAACAACAAGUGCUUUCCAGGAGAACCUAUCGAGCUUGUUGAUGGGUAUCCCCUAACACACGCCAUUCUGGAUCGACUCGGUCUCAUCAAGCAGGCUGAAGAACAUAACAUCACGCAUGACGUAGAAGCCGAACUCGCGGCAGCCGCAAAGUACUGGAAGAACGAAUCUUCAGGGCCAAAUUCCCCAGAUCAAGACAAUUCCUCCAUCGAGCCAUGUUGUCCACUCGACCGGUCCCGAUCUAGCGACUCAUGUUCGACAUCCACGCCAUCUGAGCCGGAUGUGAUCAAAUGCGAGUCUUCGCCCACCACUGGUGUACACGACGCUUUCCGGGUAUUUGGGCGUGAAGAGCCGUUUUGGCCUAUGAACGGUGAUGCCACCCUCGCACAUGCUGUUCCUGAGUAUAACCGUGCAAUGAAUUCCACCAGUUUCAACAGCGUGCCGAAUAAUUACUCUCACACACAUCCCAGCCACCAAGCAAGUACCCUUUCCUGUAACAGUAUUCCCUCGCCAGUUGUGGCGAAUAAUGCAACCAUGGUUGCAAGCACCUGUUCACAAACAGAUUCCCGGAUCGGUUACCCAGCUGUGGCUACUGUUCAUUACCCGGGGUAUCACCAUCCAUACCAUGGGGUUGAUCAACAAACCGCCUGGAACCCGCAGCAGGGAUGGUCUGGGUAA